AUGACUGAAGAAGAUUUAUCAGCGUUGGUCACUUCGAUUGACGAGAAUGAUAUUGAAAUAAUUUCAUCAAAUGGUGCAGAUUUCACUGAUCAAUUGCAUUUCAUGCACGAUCAUUUCGCACCCACUAGUCGACAAAUGGAAGCUUCGUUGGCACCAACGAUUUCAAUGAUAAACACAACAACUGGAAGUUCACAACAUGAAGAUUUGGAGGAAUUCGAAGAUGAAACAUUCAUGGAACGAAUUUAUGGUUUAACCGAAAUGUUUCCAGAUUGGUUGCAUCGAUUUGCUCACAAAUCUUAUCAAUAUUCAAAAUAUGCCGGUGCUUUUAUGAAAAAGUCCAUUUGGUUUUGUAGUUCAUCCUUUCUUGUCUUAAUCCUUCCAAUUCUUGUUCAAAUGGAAUUUUCACAAGUUGCAGAUAUGCAAGCAGCACAGACACGAGAAAUUCUUCUUGGACCAUCCGCUCAAAUCGGUUCACAAAGUGUUCUUGGCCUAAAAUAA